UAUCUAGUAUGUGGCUAAUCAAAAACUACAUUGCCGACACUUGAGGGAAAAUUCGCUUGACGUUUUAUUUUAAUGAUUUUCUUUGUACGGAAAAAAAUCUCAGAAUUCCAUUAUCGUGAUUAUUUUUGCUAAGUUAUGGUAAUUGCUAGUAAUGAAUGGCUGAAUUAUGAUGAUGUUAAAAAGCAAUCGCAAAUAAUUGAAACUAAUGCUCUCAUGAUGGCUGCACCUUCGUCUCUACCACCUUCUUCCGUGUCGACAGUAUCAGCAAUUGGGGCUCCAAAUGUAAACCCAGGUACGCUAACAUCAAUGGGGAACAAUGGAACGGCCACCAUUCUGAAUGAUUCUUCCGAUUGCGAAGAAUCCGGAUGUGAUUCGAAUGUGGCUCGAAUGGUACUUGUUUGUCAACCCGACUCCCAUCCCUUCCAGACUCGCACCAUUUACCUUACCCCAAAUAUUGAAUGCAAAGUUGGUCGCUCGAUUGCAAAGAGCAAAUCGUCUGACAACAAUGCCAUAUUUGAUUGCAAAGUGCUUUCUCGAACCCAUGCCGUCCUUUGGUAUUCAAACGAUGGAAAGUUUUACGUCAAGGACACGAAAAGUUCUAAUGGAACGUUCAUAAACGAUCGCAAAAUCAAUUCUUCAGAACCAGUCGAAUUGAAUUUUGGCGAUGUUGUAAAGUUUGGCGUUGAAGUAAUGGAAAAUUCACGCAAAGAGGUCCAUGGAUGCAUUAUUGCAUCUGUAAAACCAUAUUUACCUGAUGGCAGGGAAGCCAUUUCAAUCACCCAAGAUAGCCCAUUUCGGGGAGACAGCCGAAUCUCUUUUGAAGAACUCCAUCGAUUAAACCUGUACAUGCAAGAGACGUCCCAGCGGGAGAAGCUACUCAAAGCAAAACUGCAAAAUAUUCAAAAUAUUCUCGACGCCACACGAAAAAAUUCAACCAUCUGCUGGCAAUCGAUGAUCGACGAAGAUCGAUUAUUGAAUCGCAUAGAUUUGCUAGAGAAUAAGUUGCAAUUUUUGCAAAAGAGUUCACCUGUCGAUCAACUUAAGGAAGAAAUCCUUAAGCUGCAAGAAGAAAAGUUCACCUAUCAAAAUUCAGCCAAAGAAGCCUUAAGCAAAGUGUACCAAGAGCGUAUGGAAGCAAUGCAAAAAUUAUCUAAAGUCGAGCGUGACUAUACGUGCAGCGAGAACGAAUGCUCGUUACUACGAGAUCAAAUUCGAUACACAAAGCAAAAUCUACAAGACGUUAAUACCCGUUUGUUAAGCCUGGAGAAGGAGUACAGUGAGUAUAAGGACCAAGUAGAAAAGUGUCAGCGUGAAACAAACGAAGAGCAGAACAAUUUCGAAGCGGCAGUUGCCGAUUUAGCUGAUAAGCUUAAAGAUAGUGAAACAGAAUGCGAGCAGUACAAAAAGAAAAUUGGAGAGUUAUUGAUCCAACGCUCAGAGCAAUUAGAUGAAGAAGAACAAAAAAGAAAGGAAAAACAAACCGAUGAAAGCGUAGUUGACGCCGCCAAUGCAACAAAUUAUGUCGCCACUGUGAAGACAAAUGACAGCAGCAGCACUACAACUACCAUAACAGACGUUAUUGAGGCUGACGAAAAUAACGACAACGAAAACGACCAACUCAGUCAUGAUGAGAAGAAAACUAAUCUUGCUGCCAACAAAUCAACAAUUAUGAAAUGGCUCGAGAAUUCAGAUUUGAAUUCAAAAGAAGGAUCCCUCGAUAUAAUGAAAGCAAUAUGCAAUGAGUCCGAUUCCAGUGAGGAAAGUGAAAAUAACGAUGAGGUUGAGAAAUCAUCAACCGACACCAACAACACAACCAGCACAGCAACACCAUCGCCCAUUAUGUAUUCAGAGCAAAUCAGUAAUAAAUUACAACUUGUUGAUAAGAAUCUUGUGCAGCUAGAGACAGAGCUAGGCAAUACACAUGCAAAAAUCACGGGUGUUGAAAAUGGUAUUGAUCAGCUUGAAAAUGUGUCAUACCAGUUGCUCAAUUACACUGUUUCGCUUCUGCGAGAAACAUACUUUGAGAUGUGCGGCAAACAAGAUAUCCCAAUACGUAUGUGUACAGAAGCAAAACCGACCCAACAACUUCAGCAAUUACAAACGCAAAUGACACUUGUAAACGACACAGAGGACGAACAGUACAAAGCGGACGUUGUCCGACAAAGCCAAGAUUUAGCAAAUUAUCAAAAUGAAGUUCUAAAACUCCAGCAACAGCUCGAAAACAAGGAAUCUAAAACUUUGAUCCAAGUAAAUGAACUUCAAUCCGAAUGUGAAGUUUUAAAAGAUAAAAUUUCGGAUCUUACGAAAUUAAUUGAGAAUUUAAACGAGAAAAACGAAACUUUAGAAAGAGAAGUCGCUGAAAAUAAAUCAAAAAGUACAAUAGACAAUGAGCCGAAUAGAGAUGAGGAAAUCAUGAAUAAUUCGACUCGUUCAAUGAACUCAACAGAAGAGUCAUUGGAAAAACUCAUCGAAGAAGAAAAAAUUGCCAUGAAUAGUGCCGCGGUAUUGAAGGAGGAGGAAUUGAUACUCUACAAAGAGAGAUUCGGACAGACACAAGCUGAAAAUCUAAAGCUGAAGCGUGAAAUCGCAGAACUUAAAUUAAAGUUCGAAGAUUUGGCUAAAGCCAUUUUCAGAAAGUCCCUUACAUAUGUAACUGUAUUUGUCGCUCUAAUUGUAUAUUUUAUAUUCUCGUAUAUUUAAGUGCUUUCAAAAUCAUUCACACACACACAUAAUUUCUACUACACACGAAGCCAACCAUUUAUCGAUUCAUAACACCAUAUUUUGGGUUAUUCGUGUUGCUUGACUGUUUCAUUGCAUCAACAUGAAUAACCCACUUUAUAAUCAUCAUAAUGUAUCACUAUAAUUUUUUUUUGUAAUACAAUAAGCUGCUUUUUAUAUUUUGUGUCUAAACUGUUUUCUGUUGAUAAGCUCUUGCUCUUCAUGAACAAAAAAAUCAUCAUUUCUGAGAAUUAUGCCACAUAGAAACUCGAUUUUGUAUCAAAAUAAAAUCUAAAAUUAUAUUAUUGGGUUCCCAUGUCUAUUGUCUGGGCCAUAAAUCAUUGGAAACACUUAUUAUAGAAAUCACAGAACAAAACAAAAUGUUUUUUUAAACUUGUUUGAAUGCGUUAUAUGCAUUUACACAAACGCUUUAUUAUAUGUAAAUUAAUCCAAGCUCAUGUAAUCAAUCUGAGGAGGAAGCGCAGUUUUAGAAGCGAAAACAAAAACAAAA